CACGUUUAAUAACGUAUCCUUAAUAUAUUGAAUUGACCUAAGCACCCUCUCAGUCCGCCGGUGAAGACAAAGAGGUUCUCAUCUUGAACACCAUUUCCUCAAUCUCUUUUCUAAAAUCCGUGUUUUUAAAGUAAAUCCCACUUUUUUUUAUGGAAAAAACCUUCUGAUUGAAAGAGAGAGGAUGUAUUCUGAGAUGGGCCGGAUUCAAAUGGCUUCCGGCAAGAACAGGACCAAAACCGGGGUGUUUUCCGAUGCCUUUCUUUGCACCGGUGGCACACUCUUUGCAUUUCUUGUCCUGUGGAGCUUAUGGUCUUUUAUUACCCCAAGCCCAAUUUUCAGCCGCGGGUUCUCAAACAGUGUCUCCGGCGUCGUCGGCGGGCGAGGCUGCUUUGGAGGCUCUGGGCAGGGCGUUGACCUCACCGACGACCCACCGGCGAAGACUUUCUACGACGACCCGGAUUUCGGGUACACCAUUGACAAGCCCGUGAAGAACUGGGACGAGAAGAGGAGGGAGUGGCUGAAGCAACACCCCUCUUUCAUUCCCGGGUCGGAGAAUCGGAUUCUGGUGGUCACCGGUUCUCAGGCGACGCCGUGCAAGAACAAGAUCGGAGAUCAUUUGCUACUCCGGCUGUUCAAGAACAAGGUGGAUUACUGCCGAAUUCACGGCCACGAUAUCUUCUACAACACUGUCCUUCUUCAUCCCAAGAUGUUUUCUUUCUGGGCUAAAGUGCCGGCGGUCCGGGCGGCGAUGAUGGCUCACCCGGAAUCCGAGUGGAUCUGGUGGGUUGACUCGGACGCCGCUUUCACCGACAUGGACUUCAAGCUGCCACUCGACCGGUACAAGGACCACAACAUGGUGGUCCACGGGUGGCGGGACCAGAUAGAGAAGAGGAGCUGGACCAGCGUCAACGCCGGCGUCUUUCUGAUCCGGAAUUCCCAAUGGGCGUUGGACUUGAUGGACGUUUGGGCCAAGAUGGGCCCACAGUCGCCGGAUUACGACCGGUGGGGCGAGAUUCAGAGGAAGACGUUCAAGGACAAGUCUUUCCGGGAGUCCGACGACCAGUCCGGCCUGAUAUACUUGAUUUUAAAGGAGCAGGAAAAAUGGGGAGACAAGAUUUAUGUGGAGAGUGAGUUUUACUUCGAGGGGUACUGGCUGGAAAUUGUCGGGAAACUGGACAACAUCACCGACAUGUAUUUGGGGGUGGAGAAGACGGCGAGGGAACUCCGGCGGAGACACGCCGAGAAGGUGAGCGAGAGCUAUGGCCGGAAGUGGGAGGAACAUCUGAAGGAUGCUGGGUACGGGAGGCCCGGGUGGAGGAGACCGUUCAUCACGCACUUUACCGGCUGCCAGCCGUGCAGCGGCAACCACAACCAGAUGUAUUCCGGCGAGACCUGCGGCGAGGCAAUGCAUAAAGCUCUGAACUUUGCCGACAACCAGGUGCUUAGGAAUUAUGGGUUUAUGCAUAGGGAUCUGAUGGACACCGCCACCGUCGUCCCGGUUCCGCGUGAUUUUCCGGCGUAGACCGCCGGAAUAUGUAUGAAUGUUGAAUACCCUUUAAACUAUAAUAGUACUUCGUAAUUAUUUUGUGUGGUAAUUAUUAGACCUUAAUACCUUAUAGCUAAAGUUUUCCCCUGUUCUUCUACUGAGUCUUCCCUAAUGUCAAUUUCAUGUUUGACCACAUGAUUCUGAGAUUUACACUUAACUUGCAAAAUUCAGAAGAUUAGAAGAAUAUGGUCAAUCAAAUCAGAAAUGGCUGUUUUAAUUUGUUGUAUAUAUACGGAGUAUUUCACAGCAUACAAUAAAAAAACAUUUAAAGCUUUGGACACAUGUACUA